AUGUCUGAUUUGAAUAUACAAGAGUCACGUAAGCGCCCAAGGGAUGAUGGUGAUGAAAUGGACUUAGUUGUGAUGGUUUUAGGUUUUAUUAUGGUAGUAGUAGGAGCAUGGUAUGGUAAGAAAUAUAGAUUAAAGGAGAUAACAUGGAAUGAAUCCGAGCGUGCUAGAACAAGAGCUACAUGGAUGAACACUUUGAGGAAUGAUAGGAUAUGUCGAGAGCAAUUACGUCUCGAUAUACGUUGUUUUGAGAAGCUAUGUCAUGUAUUAAAAACUAAAGGUGGGCUAAAGACCACGAGAAAUGUCACGAUAAAAGAAAUUGUGGCUUUAUUUCUUCAUACCCUUGCCCAUGAUUUGAAAAAUAGAACAAUGCAAGCCCUCUUUGCACGAUCCGGAGAGACUAUUAGUCGUCAAUUUCAUGUAGUUCUUGCAUCCAUGCUCAAGUUAGGGAAAUAUUACAUCAAACAAGCCUAUCACACUACUAGUCAUGCUGAUGAUAAUAAAUGGAAGUGGUUCGAAGGUGUUAUAGGAGCUCUUGAUGGGACACAUAUUGAUAUGACUGUGCCAAUUGAGGAUCGACCUCGCUAUCGAGAUAGGAAAGGGAACCUUAGCACUAAUGUACUAGCCACUUGUGAUCCUAACCUUCGAUUCACGUAUGUGCUACCUGGUUGGGAAGGAUCCGCAUCGGAUCCUCGUGUCCUUCGGGAUGCUCUUUGUAUGCCUAAUGGUCUUAAAGUGCCUAAAAAUAAGUAUCUUCUUGUUGAUUUAGGAUAUUCUAAUGCUGAAGGUUUCCUAGCUCCUUACAAAGGUACUAGAUACCAUUUAAAUUUGUGGAGAGGAAACACUCCUACAAAUGAAAAGGAGCUUUUUAACUUGCGACACUCAUCUGCUCGAAAUACCAUUGAAAGGGCAUUUGGGGAAGAAAACAUAGAGGAAACGAGUCUUAUGCAAGAGGUGGACCAUGACUUGAUAAAUAUGGAAGCAAUAGAUGAGGAAGAGGUAGAAGAAAACUACAUUUUAUCCGCCCGAACAACAAAUGAGUGGAACAAAUUUAGAGAUGACCUUGCUAAGAAGAUGUUUCAAGAAUAUAUGGAACGAAGGGGUCAAGCUACAUAG